AUGGUUGCUUGGCAGAAGGAUGAUGGGGCAAAGCGGCUGCUGCAGCUGAUUCUCCUCCACACAGCCUGGGAGGUGGGGAGCGGCCAGCUCCAUUAUUCCGUGCCUGAGGAAUCCCAGCACGGCACCUUUGUGGGCCGCAUCGCCCAAGACCUGGGGCUGGAGGUGAGUGAGCUGGUGCCUCGGAUGUUCCGGAUGGUCUCCAAGGGACAGGAAGAGCAUUUUCAGGUAAAUGUGCAGAAUGGGAUUCUGUUUGUUAAUUCCAGGAUAGACAGGGAAGAGCUGUGUGCCGAGAACAUGGAUUGUGCCAUUCACCUGGAGGUGAUUGUGGAUAAACCCCUGAGGGUCUUCCAUGUGGAGGUGGAGAUCAAGGACAUAAAUGACAAUGCUCCUGUGUUUUCAGUACAUGAACAGAUUCUGGCCAUUUCAGAAUCUAGGUUGCCAGGUUAUCGUUUCUUACUACCUAGUGCCUCUGAUGCAGACAUAGAUGCCAAUGCCCUGAUAACCUACAAACUCAGCCCGAAUGAUUACUUCAUUCUGGAUUCAGGAAGUGAAGAGAACCGGAGUAAAUCUCCAGUACUUGUAUUAAAAGCUCCACUAGACAGGGAAAAAGAUCCUCUGCAUCGUUUAUUGCUCACAGCCACUGACGGAGGCAAGCCACAGCUCUCGGGCACAGUCCAGCUGGUGAUCAAUGUGGUGGAUGCAAAUGACAACCUUCCUGUCUUUAACCAGUCAGUUUACAGGGUAAAGCUGCUGGAAAAUGCAGCCAAUGGGACGUUGGUUAUUAAACUGAAUGCUACUGAUUUAGAUGAAGGAAUCAAUAAAGAGAUCUCCUAUUUCUUUAGUAAUAAUGUACCAUCAAGUUUCACUAAGGUGUUUAGCAUCAAUUCCAACACUGGGGAACUUAGAGUGUUUGGCAAAGUGGAUUUUGAGGAUGUUAAUUUGUAUAAUCUUCAAAUUGUGGCAGAAGACAAAGGAAACCUUCCCUUGUCUGGACAUUGCAAGGUUCACAUUGAAGUACUGGACAUGAAUGAUAAUGCCCCAGAAAUGACAGUAUCCUCCCUGUCAGUGCCUGUGCCUGAGAACUCUCCACCAGGGACAGUGGUGGCCCUCAUCAGUAUCUCAGACAGGGACUCUGGGGCCAAUGGGCAAGUGACCUGCUCCCUACGGCCUUCUGGGCUCCCCUUCAAGCUGACAUCCACCUUCAAGAAUUACUACUCACUCGUACUGGCUGAGCCACUGGACCGGGCAGGUGGCUCAGCCAGCAGCAGUCUGGUAGUGCCAAUCAGUGAUGUGAACGACAACGCACCCACUUUUGCACAGCCCUCCUAUACUGUUUUUGUGAAGGAGAACAAUCCUCCAGGUGCCCACAUCUUCACAGUGUCUGCCUUGGACCCAGAUGUGGCGGAGAACGCCUUGGUCAGCUACUGGCUGGAUGAGAAGCAAUGGCCGCUGUCGAGCUACAUCUCAGUGCAUUCGGAGAGUGGGAAGCUGUAUGCCCUGCAGCCCUUGGAUUACGAGAAGGUCCUUGAGCUCAAGUUUCUGUUAAAGUCACAAGAGGAUGGAUCCCCCCCCCUUAGUUGGCAGCAGCUCUGUUUAUCAAUG